UGUGCAAGAUUGCGAUAGGUCAGGUUGUGUUGAGUCUCCUUCAGCUUCGUCCUCCAACCCGUCAAGCUUGCCUCGCCCAGUGCGGUCCGAGGAACAUCUCUCCCAAAAGGCACUUUAGUCCAACUCUAAGACACACCAACCACCGAAACAAUGGCCGUGCCUCCUUCAUACGCUGAUCUGGGCAAGUCUGCAAAGGACAUCUUCAACAAAGGCUAUGGAUUUGGCCUGGUGAAGCUUGACGUCAAGACCAAGUCAGCCAGUGGCGUGGAAUUCAAAACAUCCGGUUCCUCUAACACCGACACCAGCAAAGUCGCAGGCAGCUUGGAAACCAAAUACAAGAGGGCAGAGUAUGGCCUGACCUUCACCGAGAAGUGGAACACCGACAACACCCUGGGAACAGAAAUCACCAUUGAAGAUCAGAUCGCCAAAGGACUGAAGUUGACUUUUGACACAACCUUCUCACCCAACACAGGCAAGAAAAGCGGCAAGGUCAAGACCGCCUACAAGCGCGAGUACGUCAACCUGGGCUGCGAUGUCGACUUUGACUUCGCCGGCCCCACCAUCCACGGAGCGGCCGUUGUCGGCUACGAGGGCUGGCUGGCCGGUUACCAGAUGACCUUCGACACCGCCAAAUCGAAGAUGAGCCAGAACAACUUUGCCAUUGGUUACAAGACGGGAGACUUCCAGCUGCACACAAACGUCAAUGAUGGGGCAGAGUUCGGAGGGUCCAUCUAUCAGAAGGUGAGCGACAAGCUGGAGACUGCAGUCAACCUGGCAUGGACUGCUGGCAGCAACAGCACACGCUUUGGCAUCGCUGCUAAAUACCAGCUGGACAAGGACGCCUCUGUCAGCGCUAAAGUGAACAACAAUAGCCUUGUUGGUAUUGGCUACACCCAGACUCUUAGACCGGGUGUGAAACUCACCCUGGCCGGCCUGGUCGACGGGAAGAACUUCAAUGCUGGAGGCCACAAGCUGGGUCUGGGCUUGGAACUGGAAGCCUAAAGCUUGUUUUUUUCCUCCCACACUAAGGAACUCCGGAAUAUCAGAAGACAAUUUGGCCUUAAUGUACUUCCCAACCAGCAGGGGGCCACCUUGACGAGAUCCGGUUCAAAGGCUACAACAACAAACUCUGAGCACCAAGUCACAUUGGUGCUUCUCUUUGUUGCUUUCUUGUUGCAAGAGUCAGCUGGUGGCGUAUUAUUUAUAUAUAUAUACACAUGUAAUAUGGUUCCUGUCCAGCACUGCCAUAAUGAUAAAACUACAGUCCAUUUCCCUCACCACGCCUGUGAGGCUUUAUUGUGUUCUUCAUACCAGACACUCCUUUUUGUCCGUUGUCAUACACCUUUUUUUUUUUUUAAACACCAUCUGAUAUUCCUCAGUUUUAAGAAAUACACUAGGCUUUUUUUUCCCCCUCUUGCUGUCUAAAAACCGCUGCAAGCCUCCUUCCGGUUCACGCACACACAUAAGGGACGAGCGGCUUGUCCGCCAGCAGGCCCUUAAACCGAGCAGUUUUUGGGUUUACUUCCAGUGAAACAAGGAGUUCUUCAAAGCCAAACUUAAUGAAAUCUAAAAGUUAGCUGUUGUCACCUUCUUGUACAUGGAGGUCCUUUUGUGGACGGUAACUUUUCAAUAAAGUCUCUGAACUCCGAA